AUGAGCCCUCAUCAGCAGCAGCUCACCAGUGAGACCACUUCUGAAAGAAUGUGGCUUCAGAACGACCAUUCUGAUGGAAUUUUAGCCACUGCAACUCCAACGCCAUCAACGCUACUAUCCCCAGAGGGAGGAAAGUUGUUCAUGGAACAAGUUUCUAGCCAGAUAAAGGGUUUUCUUGAAACUCUACCUUCCCGUGAAAAGAAUAGCAUGGCACUGGCUGAUACAAUGCUUGAUCAAACUCCCAUUGCUUCGAAUAAAACUGUCGUGUCACCUAUACGAAAAGCAGGCCUCCAGAAGAGCUCAUCCGAUCGCAGUCUUGGAAGUAACGACUUACUACCGACGAUACCGUCUCGAAUGCUGACGCCUCUCGACGGAGAGAAAGUUGUAGUUGCAGAUGAUGGUCAACUGAAGGACUUGCUUGAUAAUUUAUCUUCCCCCGAAAAGAAAACCAAAGCACUGCCCAACACACUAAUUGAUGAAACUUCCAUUGCUUCUAAUAAGGCUGUGACAUUUUCGCGAAGAAGAGGGUUCCAGAAGAGACCAUCCGAUCGCAGUCUUGGAAGCGGAAGUGCUGGAAGUGUUGAUUCAACACCGACGCUGCCGUCUCGAUUGCAGUCACCUCUUGACGGAGGGAAAGUCGUAGUUGAAGCUACUGGCCCUCUGGAGGACCUAUUUGAGAAGUUAUCUAGCGAAAGAGAAAACGAAGCACCGAGACCAUCCGAUCGCAGUAUCCGAAGUGGAAGCAGUGUUGACUCAAUACCGAUGAUUCCGGCUCGAUGUUUAUCACCCGAGGGGGAGAAAGGUUUCAUGGAGGUGACGGAUCAGCUAAAGGACCUGCUCGGUGGUUUGCGUUCUCGACACAAAGAAAAAGAGCCUCACAUUGAAACUACCCGGUCAUGGACACGAACAAACCGGCUCAAGAAGUCCUCGUCGGAACAAAAUCUUGGAACACGAAGAGGAGGGCUCGAGAAGGCCUCAUCGGAACGAAAUCUUGGUACACGAAGAGGAAGGCUCAAGAAGGCCUCAUCUGAACGAAGUCUUUCAUGUGUUGAUUCCACCCCUUUGCUGCCAUCUCGUUUCCUAUCCCCCGAAGGAAAGAAAGUCCCUAUACAGGGUUCUAGUCAAAGAAAAGAAAGCUUACCUUGUCCUGAUGAAAGAAAAAGCCCGCUAUCAGCUGCCAUGAAGAUUGUUCAAACUCCUUUGAAAGCAACCAAAUUAUCGACAAGAGCUGUGGAUUCUGAAAUUGAUAUCCGAGAAUUCAUUCUGGGUAGGAUACCUGAUCAUGUCAAGGAUCUGCUAUCGAUGGAACAGUGGUACAGGAUUCUUGAUCCAAUCAAGGGGACAGGAACUCGAACUACAAAUUCAGACAUUCCAGACGACGCUAAUGCAUUCCAUGAAAGUGAAAAGAUGGAAGUAUCCAAAGCGGCUGGUAGUGCUCUCCAGCAAACAAUGGAGCAGGAGACCAAGCUGGAAAUCGUUGAAAGAGAUGAACCGUCAUGGAUGAAAGCGCACGAAAUUACACAUGAUACGCUCGAUUCUACUGAAGAAGAGAGAAAGCAUCAAGAAGUUGGAGAAGAUCAAGACGACUGUUCGCUCUUUACAUCAAGUGGAGAAUUUGUCAAGUCGAAAGCGCAUGAUCUAAAUUUCAAUACCGCAGAAGAUACCGCAGAAGAGGAUAGGAAUGCACGCAAAAAGAAGAAGAACUCUGUGUCGUUUGGAAACGCACAAAUCCGAUGGCACGAGCGAAUCCUGGAGGUCCAUCCAUGCACCUCAUCGGGACCAAGCGUUGGCAUUGGAUGGGAGUGCAUCCACGAGAGCGAAGAACGCAUUCAAUGGAAUCGCCGACGUGGAGUAAGACUCCGCCUCGAUCGUGAGGAGCGAGAAGAGAUAAUCAAGGAGCAAGGCUAUUCGACUAAGGAUAUUGCCUGCUCUGUCAGAGAAAUUUUGAAAAUCAAGAAGCAACGGCGAAGGACCUACCACAACGUAGUUAGUAACCCUGUGAAAGUUGAAAAGAUUGAAUACAUUGCCGAGAAAUGCAACCGCAAGAUUCGAAAAUUGCACAGGAAAUUCUCCGUCCAUGUCAAGAAGUAA